AGAAUUUUGUCGCAGGAAUGCACAUCAAAGAAACUUUGAAGAUACAUAUCCCUCUGAUGUGCAUGAUAUGCGGUUACAGUCAGGCAAACCAAUUUAUUUUCCAUCCGUUACAUGGAGUUUGUCCUAAAUCUACAGAAACGAUUAAGUAUGUGCCAAGUUGCCCAACAACGGAGGAUGCUUGGAAAGAAAGAGAAGAACAAAAACGGUGUGAGGAUGUGGAACAGGACUGUGUUUCUAGGGAGAGAUUUGUCUAUCACUGUGCUGUCAAUGAGUGGAGGAAUGCUACACUAGAAGUCUGUGCACCAUUACGAAUUAUAUUUGGUCGUUGUGUGGAAUACAAUGUGCUUGGGAAAAGAAUUCAAUUCAACAGAGAGCGUUGUACUACCUUUUCGAAGCCAUGUCCAGCACAUUACCAGUCUACGGAUGUGUAUCUUUAUCCUGAAUGCUUCAAGACAAUUAUGACGUACACGUCACAUUUGACAAAUCAUAGGCAUGAAAAACAUAAAAACGACAGUCAAAAGAAAAUUACAGUAAAUGAAGUAGUCAUGAACAGACCGAACAAUGGAGAAAGGAGAUACACAGAUUUGACCUUGUUGUCAUUGAACGUCCUAUCAGCUCUUCUUCUUACUCGUUGA